AUGGCGCUCCGGAGACGCGGAGUCGUGCCGCUGUUGGCGGUGCUGCUGGCGUGCGCGGCGCGCGAGACGUGGGCCGGGAAUGCCGUGGGAUCCGCGAUCGCUAGACUCCGCGGGGAGACCGGCAGUGGCGUGGUCGAGGAGACCUUCAGCUGGGACGACGUCCCCUCGAAAAUCUCGACGGACGGAUCAGGGAGGCGGCACCGGGAAUCUGCGAUCGAUCCUCCCGUCGAGAACCGCGCGGUCGAGAACCCGGGGGAGUGUGUGUUCGACCCGCCGGCCCCGGGCGGGCAUGGGUGGCUGUCGCAGCGCGGGAUGUGCCCCGGAGUCGGCGGCAACUGUACACCGACGGGAGGACUGGCCCUGUCAGGCUCGCCGCCCUCGCUGCCCAGCAACUGCUCGAAGGAGUGCUACAACAUCGGCACUUGCAACCAGGAGCUGGGACGAUGCGACUGCCCGAGGGGCACGGAGGGGGAAUCGUGCGAGUCCGGCCUGAAGGCGCCGCGCAGGAAGGGCGCGGGUGACUGCCUCAACCAGUGCAACAACCGGGGGCGGUGCGACUCGGGAUUUUGCAAAUGCGAUGCGGGCUUCUUCGCCGCGGACUGCUCCACGUACUUGGACCUCGACGGAAAGCCGCGUUUGAUUGACGACGAGUGGGAAGGGCGCGUCAGGCCUCCGCCUCGCAUCUACAUCUAUCCCUUGCCCCCCAAGUUCAACGGCCACGUGGAUCUGAGGCUCACCGACAGGCCCUUGGAGCAGAUGAUCUACGAGCGCCUGCUCUCCUCCCACCACAGGGUGGCCAACCCGGAGGACGCGGACCUGUUCUUCCUGCCCAUCCCCACGCGAGCCGCGUUCCGGGGUGGGCUCGAUAACGUCGGUGGGUGGCCGGGGGUGAAUGAUUUCUUCCACGAGGCGAUCGAGUACGUCGACAACACGUGGGAGUGGAGUAAGAAGCACGAGUGGAGGAACACGAUCAUGGUGUUCACGGGCGACUGGGGUCCGUGCGAGUGGUUCUCCGAAAAGUAUUCCAAAAAGGAAAACGACCCAGACUACGAGGCGUUCUGGAAGAAGCGGCGCAGGAUCAACGAGGUGAUCGCGAACGCCAUCGUGUUGACGCAUUGGGGGCUGACAAUCGCCGACGACCUCUACCUCGGAGGGGGACCGUGUUUUGACCCGGCGAAGGAUGUGUUGAUACCGCCGGUUAACCCGCACUUUGGCCUGGGCCCGUUCGACCCGGACGGGUGGAAGGCGCCCAUGGGCACGCGAAGGAUCGAAUUCGACGUGGGUCUGCGCGGCAGCGACGUGCCCUUCGGAAGCGAACGUGCGAUGACGGAGCAGGAUGAACCGCGGCGAUGGCUGCUGUUCUUCGCCGGGGCCUGGGUGGACAAGCCAGCGUACGCCGACCGCCGAGCCAUCGCCGAAGCCAUGGCGGGCCGCGAGCAGGAGGGCAUCCACGUGGUGCAGCACGCGGGUCAAUUCUACGAGAAGAACUACGCGUCGUCCACCUUCUGCAUCGCGCCGACUGGAAGCGGCUGGGGCAGGAGGAUGAACUUGGCCACGCAGAGUGGCUGCAUCCCCGUCAUCGUCCAGGAUAACAUCGCCGCGCCGUAUGAUGACGUGCUCCCGUACGAUGAGUUCAGCGUACGGGUGGCAAAGGCGGACAUACCGAAGAUACCCGACAUCGUAAAGGCGAUAACACCGGAGAAGCUGGACCGUAUGAGGCAGCAGCUUGCGUGCGCAGCGCGGGCCCUGCAGUGGUCGAGUAUAUUGGGAAGCGAUUUUGGGGAAGGCGGGGAGAACGACGCUUUCGCGCUGCUGAUGCUCACGUUGCAGCACAGGCUGGUGACACACGUGAAACCCGAAGGUUGGGAGAAGCUGUGGGCGCCGAACGUCCCAAUCAAGGACGCUUGCGACAUUCCCAAGGCGCUGUCUUGCCUAAACCAGACGCAGCCAAUUUGCAAGCGCCCCUGCAGCAAGCAGCUUCGUCGCUCGGGGCGGGAUAAGAUUGUUGAGAUGCACGGUUCCUAUUUUCCACCGGGCGGCGCGCUUUGUACAAAGGAUGACACACCGUCGAAGGAGGUUGGCGAGGAGGUUGGAGAGGAAGGCUUGACCGUUACCCUCGGGCCGUCCACCGUGUCCAACACAUGCGAGUCGUGA